AUGAAAAAGAAGAAGAAGCCAUAUAUAAUUCUCCUAUUUUUAUUGUUCCAAUUAAAUAUAUUUUUCUCCUUUUCAAUUUUUCUUUGUAAUUCCAUAUCUUUUAAAAAUAAUAAAAAAAAUCAAAAUAAUUUUUUUUUUGUUCCAAAUAAGGGUAUAGGUACAAUAUAUAAUAAAAGAAAAGCAAAAAAACAUUUUUCUUUGUAUAAUCAUGGAAAAGAAUUUCAUGAAAGAGUAAAGAAAUUACAUAUUUUAUCAGAUGUUUUAAAUAUUGAUGCUUAUCCAUCCACUUUUAUAAAAAGAAAUAUAAAGAUAGAUGAUCUAAAAAAAAAAUUCGAACAUUUAAAAGAUGGCGAAAGGGAUGAUAAAAUAUAUGUAAUAUAUGGCCGAGUAACAGUAAAACGAAAUAAUGGUAUGUUUAUGAACAUACAAGAUGAUGAAGGAAAUAUACAAAUAUAUUUAGAUGAAAAUUUACCUAUUAAAGGAAAAAAAAAUGAUAAUAAAAAGAUAAAUAAUAAUAAAAUAGAAGAAGCACCAAAUCAAUAUCAUAUGAACAAUAAUACAGCUUCAUCCAUUUUAUCUAACAAUAACAAAACAAAUAAAAACGAUUAUGUAAUAAAUGAUCAAAGUUAUAAUGAAAAAUAUGAGACACAUAAUAAUCAAAUAAUGGCAAGAAAAAUUAUUGAACUUGGUGAUUUUGUAGCUGUAAAAGGUUUUGUUCGAAAAACGUUAAGAGGUGAAAUAACAUUACACGCUAAAGAUAUUUAUAUACUUACCAAAUCUUUAUUACCAUUACCAGAUAAAUAUAAAGGAAUGAAAGAUGUAGAAUAUAAAUAUAGAAAAAGAUACUUAGAUUUUUUAACUAACAAUGAUCAAAAAGAUAAGAUAAAAAGACGAUAUGAUAUAAUCCAAGAAAUAAGAAAAUAUUUAUUAAAACGUAAUUUUCUUGAAGUGGAUACUCCUAUAUUACAAUUAAUACCAGGAGGAGCUACAGCAAAACCAUUUGAAACUUAUUUGAAAUCUUUAAAUUUACUUUUAUAUUUACGUAUAUCUCCGGAAUUAUUUUUAAAAAAAUUAAUUGUAAGUGGAAUCUCAGAACAAAUAUUUGAAUUAAGUAAAUGUUUUCGUAAUGAAGGUUUAAGUUCUAUACAUAAUCCAGAAUUUACCAUGUUAGAAAUAUAUAAAUCUUAUACUAAUUAUAAAUAUAUGAUGAAUUUUGUUGAAAAAAUUAUAAAACACCUUUUUAAAAAAUUCCCUUAUAUUUCAUAUAUUAAUUCAUCAAAUUCAAACACAAAAGAAAAGAAUAAUAAUAAUAUCAACAAUAAAUGGAAAAAAAUAUCAUUCAUUAAAAUCAUAAAAAAUUAUACAUCAAUUAAUUUUUUAAAACUCUCAUUUGAUGAAGCAUAUAAUGAAGCUAAUAAAUUAAACAUACAUUUUGAUCAACCAAAAGAACAAUUAAAUUGGGGAUUAAUUGUAGAAGAAGUUUUCAAAAAAAAAGUUGAACCAUAUUUACCAAAUGAACCUAUACAUAUAUAUCACUUACCAUCUGAUACAUCACCACUAGCCAAAACAUUAACCAAAAAUACUAGAUUAUCCGAAAGAUUUGAAACAUAUAUAGGACAAAUGGAAAUAGCUAAUGGAUAUUCUGAAGAAGCUAAUGCUUUAAUACAGGAAAAAAAAUUCCUUUCUCAAAUUGCCUUGAAAAAUAUCAUUAAAACAAAUGAAAAAAAUAUUGAUAUUCCUACAACUUCUUCUAAUGAUCAACAUAAAUGUAAUCAUAAUGAAACUCAUCAAAACAUUAAGGAAUUAUCUAAUAAAGACAAUACAACGAAUAUAUAUGAUGAAAAUAAGAAGAGUGAUAAUAAUCAAAUAGAUUAUGAUUAUGUAACAGCUUUGGCUCAUGGAUUACCACCAACAGGAGGACUAGGAAUUGGUAUCGAUCGUUUGUGUAUGUUAUUUACUAAUACAAAUUCGAUUAAAAAUAUUGUAUCAUUUCCAAUCAUAAAACCGCAUGGGAAAGAAUAA